AUGCCGAAGGUAAUUCCCGUCAGAGAGAACCCAUCGGGCGACCAGGAGCUAUAUAUUGUUUCAAAGGAUGGCUCAGAGACCCAAGCCUACGUACUCGAUCGCCACGAAGAAGCGGUCUACGUGCACUAUGUGAACAAGGACAAACGCCUGGACGAAUGGGUGCCGGAGGAGAGCCAUGGCGUGGAGGGGCUCUGCGAGGACGAGGGGGAGGGCACUGCGGGCCUAGGAUCCGCUGCGGCGGCCACACCUGCGCCUGCGCCUGCGCUCGCGGGCGUGGGCGGUGGUGUCGUGGGCACGGGGCGGGCGGGGGCGAUCACGGCCACGGAGGAGGAGCUGGACAUCGAGCACCAGCGGCAGAUCACCGCGAAAAGGAACUUUGAAAAGGUCGUCUUUGGGCGGUGGCAGAUCAGGACGUGGUACUUCUCUCCAUACCCUCUGUCUGAAGAGGCGGAUGAAACUGCCGCCCCAAGCGCGAGGGGCCAGAGCUCGUCCGUCCGUGGGUCCGGCGUCGCUCGCCCUGCGCAGCCCGCGCAUGGCCGCACGUCCGACCUCUUCGUCGGAGGCGCAACGCGGUCGUCGGGACUAGGCCACAACGCGACGCUUUGGGUGUGCGACCGCUGCUUCAAGUACAUGGCCGACGGUAUCUCCUGGGAGCUGCACAUCAAAAAGUGCGCGCGGCGAAGUCCACCCGGGCGCAAAGUCUAUCAGCGCGGAGCGCACAUCAUCUGGGAGGUCGACGGCGCAAAGGAGAAGCUCUACUGCCAGAACCUGUCGCUCUUCGGCAAGCUGUUCAUUGACAUAAAGACCCUCUUUUUCGACUGUGACAAUUUCCUGUUUUACAUCGUCACGGAUGCGGAUUCGCAACGGGACCAUGUCCUUGGCUUCUUCUCGAAGGAGAAAGUGUCGUUCGACGACUACAACCUCGCCUGCAUAGUCGUGCUGCCCCCUUAUCAAAAGAAAGGUUACGGCAUGCUCCUCAUCGAAUUCAGCUACGAACUCUCGCGCCGCGCAGGCAAGGUUGGCACGCCCGAGCGGCCGCUCUCCGACCUCGGCCUCCGCAGCUACCUCACGUACUGGGUCGCCACCCUCGUCCGAUUCUUCCGGCGACUGCUGUCCGUCAUGCCCCUCGACACGGCGCAGGUCGUCUCGGACGCGCUCGCGCCGUCGCCGGCGCGGGACACGGAGGGCAGCUCCCGCUCGUCCUCCCUCUCCAAGAAGCGCCGGAAGAGCAUGAAGGGCUGGGACGGCGAGGAGCUCCCGCACCCGCUGUGGACGCAGCUCCGGACGAUCGAGACGACCGCGAACGCGGACGGGAGCGCGACGAGCCACGUCGUCGCGCGCUGCACGCUCGCGGACGUCGCGCGCGCGACGAACCUGCGCGUCGAGGACGUCGCGUUCGCGCUGAACGAGUGCGGGCUGCUCGGCGCGCGCGGCGCGGAUGCCGCCGACGCGGGCGCGCCCGUCGUCGUCACCCGGGAGGCUGUGGAACGCGUCGCACGCGAGCGCGACGUGAAGCGGACGUGCAUCGACCUCGCCCACGUCUUGCUGUAA